UGCCCGGGAUCGGCUCCGGAGCCUCCGGGAACCGGUCCCGUUCUGGGUCCUCCGGGCACGGAUCCGCCAGAGCCUCCGGGUCUGAUCCCUCCUGGCUCGGCUGCGGCUCCUCCGGUCACGGAUCCGCCGGAGCCUCCGGGUCUGAUCCCUCCUGGCUCGGCUGCGGCUCCUCCGGGCACCGAUCCCCCGGAGCCUCGGGUCCUGAUCCCUCCUGACUCGGCUCCUCCGGGCACGGAUCCGGUGGCGGGUCCGGGUCGGGUCCCUUCGGGCACGACUCCCGGUCCGGCUGCGGCUUCUCCGGGCGCGUCUCCGCUUCUGGCUCCGGCUUCUCCUCCAGACACAGCUCCCGGUGCGGCUGCCCCGGCCAUGGGGGCUGUGGCGGGCGCGCCUCCGCCGUGAGCAGCAUCGGCAGCAGCGGGACCCAGCGAUGUUGCGGGGCCAGGUCAGUUUGGAGGAAGAGAGCCAGAAUCCACCCGCUGUGGGACACUGGAAGCCCCUGAUGCCAUCCAAAGGUGACAAGGAGGAGCCAGAGGGUGGAUGCCAGGAUGCUGGAGGUGUGCAUGAAGCCCAGUCCACGGAGCAGCUCAACGUGUCCCGGCUGCGCAGCUCCUCGGUGGAGAUCCGGGAAAAGGGCUCAGAGUUCCUGAGGGAUGAGCUGCACAAAGCACAGAAGGAGCUGAAGCUCAAGGACAAAGAAUGUGAGAGAUUGUCAAAAGUCAGGGAACAGCUGGAGCAGGAGCUGGAGGAAUUAACAGCCAGCCUGUUUGAGGAAGCCCACAAGAUGGUGAGAGAAGCCAACACCAAACAGGCUGCAGCAGAGAAACAGCUCAGGGAGGCUCGGGGCAAGAUUGACAUGCUGCAGGCAGAGGUGACAGCCCUGAAGACGCUGGUGAUCACAUCCACACCGUCCUCCCCGAACCGGGAGCUGCACCCUCAGCUGCAGAGCCCUUCCAAAGGUGGCUUCAGGAAGGGCCACGGGAGGAACAAGAGCACCAGCAGUGCCAUGGUGUCAGCUGCCAGCCAGAACGUGGCUCCAGAGCCUGUCAGCCGUGAGUGCAGAGAGUCUGGUUUCCCUGCUCUCCUCUCCCUGCUCCUUUGCAUCCUCCCUGGGAAGGCUAUCCACAUCACCUAUGAGCCAGGCUGGCAGGCCUUGGGAGCAGAUGCUUCCUCCUUCUCUUCCUCACGGCAGGUCGACUCCAUUUUAUUUGCCGAGUUCCAGGCCUGGAAGGAAUCUCCAACUUUGGACAAAUCCUGCUCCUUCCUGGACAGAAUUUACCGAGAAGAUGUAGGACCUUGUCUGGACUUCACCAAGCAGGAGCUGUCGGAGCUGGUGCGAGUGGCAGUGGAGCAGAACACCCUCACCAUCGAGCCCGUGGCUUUCCAGGCUGUCCCUGUGGGGAAGGUGGCAGCAGAAGAGUGUGGUGGCCCCAAUGGCUUCCGGUCACAAAUCGUAACGAAAUGUGCUCUGAGCGGCCUCCCCAGGACCUGCAAGCACCGGAUCAUGCUGGGGGAUUCUGGGAAUUACUACUACAUUUCCCCUUCCUGCAGGGCCAGGAUCACAGCAGUGUGCAACUUCUUCACCUACAUCCGCUAUAUCCAGCAAGGCCUGGUGAGGCAGGAUGUGGAGCUGAUGUACUGGGAGAUCAUGCGGCUCCGCAGGGAGAUGUCUCUGGCCAAACUUGGAUUUUAUCCCAGCGAGAUGUGAGCAGAGCCCUGAGCCUGGAGGAAACUGCUCCUGGAGGAAGGGCUUGGAGUGCAGUGCCUGUCCAGCUCCCUCCCACCUUCCCUCUGCCUGGAGCAAGGAGCAAGAGGCAUGAGUUCCACCUUCAGCUGUCCCACUCCUCCAAGUGUGACUGGAAUGCAGCUGCCACGCUGCCCCUGGAGCUGGGCUGGCCCUGGCUGCUCCAGGAUGGCCAUCCAUGGACUCUGGAGUCUCCUAUAUGCAGUGUACAUCCAUUUUUUAAACCUUUUGUUUUUAUAUGCAGCCUGCUUUGGCAUAACCUGAGGCCAGGCCUGUGCAGGGUGGGAAUUCUGGACCUUUCUUGUGAGCCACUCUGUCAGGACAGAUGCUGGCUGUCUGUUCCACUUGUUUUUUUGGGAUGGAGGAGGUGCUGUCCCUGAGGUCCUGCUGACCACAGCAGCCCUGAAAAUGCCAGCAGAGCACAAUAAUCUUGAACAGUUUGUUUCCAAGUACUUCCUUGUUCCUUUUCAAGGAGCCUGCAAGAGAAGCUUGUUGCCAGCAGAGUCACAAAGAGGGAUUUGUUCCUGUUUUUAGCUGGAUGUUUGGCACUGGGUUAUGCAGGCUGGGGAAUGGCUGGAGCUGUGCACCUGGGGCCUCCAGCAGAAGAAAGGGAGCAGGGAAAAUUCCUAACUCCCAGCAGGCUGCAGGAUUUUUUCCCCUGGACUAGGGAAUCUGCUGGAGUUGUCCAAGGCAGCACCCUGUGGCAGUCCCUGAUGUGAAGUCCCCCAUGGUGCUCCUAAACACAAACAUCACCCACAAACAAGUCCAAGUCUUGGAGCUGUUCCUGCUCUUGAGGGAGCUUUGGGCAGUCCUGUUCCCACUCUUCAGGCAGAACCCCUGCCCCAGGUUGGGUUCUUUGUGUCUCCAGAAGGGAUGUGCCCAGGCUGGGCAUUCCCAAAGCCCAGAGAUUCCUUCCCCGUGUUAUAUCAGAGCUGAAGAUGCCUGUCCACUGGGAAUCAUGACACUUUCUUGGCUGCCAUCCCUGGUGAGGGAAUCUGAGACCUCUUUGUGUGCCCAUGAGGAAUGUGGCUGAGGUUCCUGCCUGCCCCAAAAUGUGCUGGGAGGGAGGGAUGUCACUGGAGCUGUAGGAAUGCACAGGCCUGACACGUCCUGAGCCCAAACCCAGGUUUAUUAAAGCCAUGACAGUAUUUUGUAGCUAAUUUAGCCCUUUUUUCAGUGACUCUGGAAUCAGCUCAGCCAUCACCCACUCUGGGGUUUCCACUUCUGACAGGGUUGUCACCCUGUCCCUCUGCCACCCUCAGCAAGCUGGUGCCCAUCCUCAGCUCCUGAAGGACAUUACAGGAGGAACUCGAUUUUCUUCCACUGAGCUGCUGGAUUUUGUCUAGGGGAGAGAGAAAUAACACAGCUCUGGUUUCCCCAGCUGUGGAUUUCAGCUCAGGUGAAUUCCACCCCUGGAAUUUCUCCCUGAAUCUCUUCCCCCAUCCUUUCUAUCUCUCUAUGUCUUCCUGUGCCGUGAGCUGCUACACUGCACGAACAUUGCAGCGCUGGGAAUGAGAUGAUCUCUCUGGCUAGGAGAUGUUUUGGUUUGUGGGAUAUUUUUUCCCCCUUGGUGUCACGUUGAAAAGCACUUUGAGACCAAAGGAACUGGAGCAAUGCCUUGUCUGAGGUUGUCUUGCAUUUCAAACAAAGGAGAGAACAAUUUGUGAAGGAAAAUGAAGUCACUCCGUUAGCAGUGGGAUGGUUGCACCCUGCUCUUUCAUAAAGGAAAAUAAACAUUUGCUAUUAACCUCUACAA